UGUGGUAUUAACGUUAGACCUGUCAGCUUUUAACAUGGGCAGUUUAUAUCUCUCAAGAGGUCGGUGUAUUCUUCGGCAGGUGUUCUCUGGCCUACCCACAGUACCCAUCAUGCUGCAGCGGCCGUACAGCCUCGAUGUGUCAGCGCAGCUACUGCGGACUGAAGGCUUCAUAGAUGGGCGCUGGGUCUCCGCUGCAUCCACAUUCCCCGUGUUAGAUCCAGCCACUGGAGAAGAAAUCGCGAAGGUGUCAAACUGCGGUACUAAGGAAGCUCAAGACGCUGUCAAUGCUGCAUACAAAGCGUUUCACCUGUGGAAGAGUCAUACAGCCAAGGAAAGAAGCAUUUUGUUGCGUAAAUGGUUCGAUCUCAUUAUUCAGCACAGGGAUGAUCUUGCCAAGCUGAUCACAGCAGAGUGUGGGAAGCCCAUGAAGGAGUCUCUUGGAGAAAUUACAUAUUCUGCCUCCUUUCUGGAGUGGUUCUCUGAAGAGGCCAGACGUGUAUAUGGAGAUAUUGUUGCACCUUCAGCCAAGGACCGCAAGAUCCUGUUACUCAAGCAGCCGGUGGGAGUGGCUUCCAUCAUCACACCUUGGAAUUUCCCCAGUGCCAUGAUAACCAGGAAGGUGGGUGCAGCGCUUGCGGUGGGCUGUACUGUAGUGGUGAAGCCGGCUGAGGACACACCUCUCUCUGCUCUGGCCCUUGCUGAGUUGUCGGUUCAGGCUGGCAUUCCUCCAGGGGUGUUUAAUGUGGUGCCCUGCUCAAGAGAAAAGACCCCUGCUGUGGGAGAACUGCUCUGCACGGACCCUCUAGUGGCCAAAAUCUCAUUUACCGGCUCCACGGCCACUGGCAAGAUACUACUAAGACAUGCUGCAGGAACGGUCAAAAAGGUCUCCAUGGAGUUAGGAGGACACGCCCCCUUUAUUGUAUUUGACAGCGCAGAUGUUGAUAAAGCCGUUGCUGGAGCGAUGGGCUCCAAAUUCAGGAACUCAGGCCAGACCUGUGUGUGCUCCAACCGCUUUUUGGUGCAGAGUGGGAUUCACGAUGCUUUCAUGGAAAAGCUGGCGAAGGCUAUGGAUGGCGAGCUGAAGAUUGGCCACGGCUCAGAGCCCACCACCACACAGGGGCCACUCAUCAACACCCGCGCCGCAGAGAAGGUGGAGGGUCAGGUUGCAGAUGCUGUGGCACAGGGAGCAGUCAUAGUUCGAGGUGGGAAGAGGCUGGAGGGCUCCUUCAUGCAGCCCACCCUGCUGUCCAAUGUCACCACUGACAUGCUCUGUAUGCGGGAGGAGACCUUUGGACCCCUUAUUCCUGUUGUUAAGUUCAACACAGAACAGGAGGCACUUGCUAUUGCCAAUGCUUCUCCUGUUGGUUUAGCAGGUUACUUUUACUCCAGAGACAUCAGUCAGAUCUGGCGAGUGGCCGAGCAGAUGGAGGUGGGCAUGGUCGGGGUCAACGAAGGUCUGAUCUCCGCCACAGAAGCCUCUUUUGGUGGAAUCAAACAGUCUGGACUGGGUAGAGAAGGAUCCAAAUAUGGCAUUGAUGAGUAUCUGGAAGUAAAGUACAUGUGUUUGGGGGGACUCUCUCUUUGAAGACAAUGGUUAAUAGCGGUUAGAGCAAAAAAUACAACUGUAGUGUGCCAUUAUUUAAGCAAGACCAUCAUAAAAACAUAAUCUACAAAACACUGAACCAUUCUCUCUUUUAGUCAGAUGUAACUGAAUAUUGACUAUAAGAAUUGAUGUUCUGAAAGAGCAGAGACAUUUUGAUGACUGGUAUUUUCGAUAUUUGCUGUAAAAAGGGCUGGUACAAAUUGCCCUCUUUUCAUAUUCUGUCCAUCAUAACUGAUUGAAGUAACCUAGUUGCUCUGAAAUAAGACUUAACAUACACUGCAAAAAAUAAAAUCUUUAUUUUUAUGUUAAAAUAGCUAAACAUCUUUAAAACAAGACAAACCUAUUUUUGUGUAAUUGUGAAAGAUGAGAUUUCUUUAAUAUCUAAAGUUUUUGUGAAUUAUUUUUUACCCAGUUUCUUUUUUUCGCAGUGUAGCUGAUUCAUUUAUGCACAAAAAAAUAAGCAAACCCAAUUUAUGAUUAAAGAUGUACAAAUAUAGGGAUUGGGGGUUGAUCCAGUUCGAAAUAAAAGCACAAAAGUUCACAAAAAUGCUAUUCCAGAGUGUAAAUGUUAAACUUACUUAGUGAUCUAUUUUUGUAAAUCUAGAAAAAGAGUAAGAAUGCUAAACAUGAAACAUUGACUGUGAAGGUUGUUUUUUUCUCUUUUGUAAGUCGCUUUGGAUAAAAGCUUCUGCAAAAUGUAGAAAUCUAAAUGAUGGGAUAUAUUUGGGUGUUUAAACUCUUCUGAUUUGAGAUAUUGAAGUAUAGAGAUUUGUCUAGUAAGUUAACAAAGUUGUCAUUGUGGCCAAAUGUUGUGCCAAUGUAUUUGUUUUUUUAAUGAAACUGUCUUCACUUUUAGUGGGUUUUUUUUAAUUGUUGUAAAUAAUAAUUCUCAAUUGAUAUACCUAAUUAUAUUGUAAACUGUGUAUGUUUAGAAGUAUAUUAAUUUUCGUACUUAGGAUUGAAAUGUUUGCAGAUAAGUGCAUGAAGAUGUAAAGACUAAUAAAUACAGCUGAAACUUUAA